AUGAAGCUCUCUGCCAUUUUCCUCGUCGUUCUUGCUUCGGUCGCCGCAGCUUCGGAUAGUGAAGCCAUGCCCAAGUCCUGCGAUGAUUGCAAGAAAUAUUUCGAUGCAUGCAUGAAGAGCUGUUACUUUGGUGCCAACACCUGUCCUACCACUUGCGCCGUCGAUACUUGCCGCGCCAGCUCCAUCUGCAAGGAGCACUGCGACUUCAAGAAAUGCUAA